AUGUCGGACUGCCUCGUCCCGCUUGAGAUGGCCGAGAUGGACGAGAACGCCGGCGACGUGGGCAACCUUCUCUGGCCGGUUGCCGGCGCGCCCGACAUUCGCAACGUGGCCAUGAGCAUGCUCACGCUCAAGCGCGCGGCCAACGACUGGCCAUCAACCGAUGGGUGGCCAUUGGACGUGACAUGCGACGAGCCGAUGCAUGAGGACAGUAAAGGUGCCCAUCUCCAAGAUGCAUGCGCGCCAAAGCAUGUGGACGCAUCCGCCAUUGACCUCAGCGUGCUCUGCAGCCUCUCGUACCUGCGCGACUCGGACGAUGGCCUCAACAUGUCGUCAUCCUCGUCGUCCUCCGAGGACGACGAUGGAUCGCCGCUGCCGUCAGAUGACGAUGGCGAGAGCGACGUGCCAUUGCCGUUCCGUGCAAAGCGAGCGCGCACCGACGACGAAGACUCGGAUUUUAUGGAGCGCGUCAAGAAGCGGUCGACCAUUUUGCCGUGCAAGCACCCGGGGUGCACGAAAGGCGCUCGGUCGCGCGGCCUCUGCAAGCGACACGGCGGCGGGAAGCGGUGUUCGGUCGACGACUGCGCGCGCAGCGACCAAGGCGGCGGUUUCUGCAUCAAGCACGGCGGCGGUCGGCGAUGUGCCGUGGAAGACUGCAAGAACUCGUCCCAGUCGCGCGGCCUCUGCAAGCGGCACGGCGGGAUUCGCCCGCGCCGGCGCAACCCGUCGUGACGACACGAUUGAGUAUCGACACCCUUUUCUAUUUACACGAAUUCGUGCACCAUGC